GUACAUAACAUAAAAUUGACAUCAAUAUUCAGUUCUAUACACUAUAACACUUAGAACGCACAGUCCGUCGCCCUUUCUAGAGAUCAAAGUCUUAUCAUAUUAUCUCCGUGACUCGGGAAUCACGCUCAGGUCGCCAGCGGUAUGGCACUCACGAUUUACACUGUUGCAUUAUGAGCAUUGCUACCGAAGCGCCUAUCACUCUUUGCUUGUUUAUUCAAUUGAUUAUCGUUAAAAGUUAAACUCGUUUCUUUCACGUCUAAAAACGCUACAGCACAUUUUUAAGGCUUCUUCAUACCUUAGUAGUCGUAUAGUUAUAUCGCGACUAGUACUACCUACCUAAGUUUACAAAUUUUAUAUUUUGUGACAACAGUAGAUUCGAUUUAUUAUUGCGUACCUACAUUAAACUAAAAGUGAAUUAAACAUUUUUGCACAAUAAAUUAAACUAUAUUUUAUUAAUGUCAUUUUAUCUUCGCACUAAUUGGUGAUAACUAUUUUAAGUGUCAAAACCAAUUUACAAGUAUAUAAUUAAAUCAUGGGAAGAAUAUCAAACUGGAAAAUUAGCAAUAAUUAUAUUGAUCAAAUGGGUCUUGUGUAAAAGCAUCUGUUUCACUUCAUGGUAUUUAUUAAUCUACUAAUUCUCGCUAAGAAAAUACACUAAAGACAGAAAUUCAUCCAACUACUGAAGGGUCAGAUCUGAUGGUCCAGAUUAUUGGAUUAAGUUCUAUAAAGAUUAAACGCUAAGAUUUUAGUUGUAUUAAAUGGGGAGCAUUUCUUCGAAAAUUGCUACGGCCUAGUGAUAUGUAAAAGAAGUUUAAAAUAAAAAAGAUUAAAAUGUCCGGAAUUCCAAAAAUCAAAUGUGAACCACAAGAUAUAGUACUUAAUGAGUAUAUAAAACAAGAACCUAUCGAUGAAGAAUAUACUUAUGAUCAUUAUCAUAAUGAUAUCCCCUCUACUAAUCAAUGUUAUACAAAAGAUUCUGAAAAGGAUUUUUUAGAUGAUAUUAAAGAUGAAAUUAAAAUUGAAGUUGAUGAAAUUGAUGGUAUGAGAUAUGAAAGUAUUAUUGUGAUUGAAAACAAUUAUAGACCAUCACACAUAACAGAUUUAAUACCAUCUACGACACAUGGUAACAAUUCACAAAUCCAAAAACAAUUAACAAAUGUUCACAAAAUAGUUAAUAAUACUGAUAGACCAUUUAAUUGUGAUACUUGUAAUAAAGCAUUUUCACGGAAAGAACAUCUCAAAGCUCACAGAUGGAUUCAUACAGGAAAAAGACCAUAUAAAUGCGAAAUUUGCUGUAAAACAUUUUCACGGAAAGAAAAUUUUAAAAGUCAUAACAUGAUUCAUACGGGAGAGAAGCCAUUUAAAUGCGGUAUAUGCUAUAAAUCAUUUUUACAUAAAGGUCAUAUAAGAACUCACAUGAGAAUUCACACAGGAGAAAGACCAUAUAAAUGCAAUAUUUGCAAAAAAUCAUUUUUACAAAAAGGUAAUUUAAGAACCCAUAAAAAAACCCAUUUAGGAGAAAAACCAUACAAGUGCAUAAGUUGUAAUAAAUCAUAUUCACGAGAAGAUAAUUUAAAAAGUCACGAAAAGAUUCAUUUGGGAGAAAAACCAUUUAAAUGUGAUAUAUGUAAGAAAACAUUUUUACAAAAAGGUCACAUAAGAAUUCACAUUAGGAUACAUACAGGUGAAAAACCGUAUAAUUGUACUAUUUGUAAAAAAUCAUUUGCAAGAAAAGACAACAUGAAAAAUCAUAUUAGUAGGAUGCAUACGAUAAAAAAUUAAUAAUAAUAUUAUGUGAUAAUAUAUAUAUCAUUAAACUGUCAAUAUGUUGUAACUAUAUUGUAACUAUAGCUUAUUAUAAAUUAUUCUCCAUAACACCUUUUUUAAUUG